UAUAGUCAUCCAGGACAACAGGCAACAUUUUUUUUGAUCUAUCAAAAUGUCAAAAACACCGAACAUAUAUUCUUUCAUAGACUUUGUAUAAUGAUAGACAGAGAAGGAACCUUCUUUUCUCUUUUUACUUGCUUUCUCCUUAAUCCACCAAAGCCUUUUUUAUGAUCUAUAAAUUUCUUCAAACAGUUCAAACUUUCCUCUUUACAACUUCAUUGCUCUUACAGGGAAAAAAACGAAAACAGAAAGACAAAAAAAAAAAAAAAACAAAAUUAAACCAAUCUCUUUCUCUGAAUGAAUCAGCCUCUGAAACCAUUGGAGCAAACCAUAUAUCCCCAUCUAAACGAAACUUCCAUUCUAAUCUCGCAUGGGCUCUCUCUUCUUUCUCACUUUGAUAAUUCUUUCAUGGGUUUUACUUCCAUUAACAGAAACUGAAGCUCAAGAUAUCAAAUCGUCUCGUCUUCUCGACCUUCUCAUUCGAGACUACACCUUUAAAUCUCUAAAUUCCCAUUUCUACCAUACAGGACUAAUCCACAAAGUGAAUUUACCGGCAAACUUCUCCGGGAUCAGAGUCAACACGGUGAGGUUUCGAUGUGGGAGUCUCAAAAGGUAUGGUGCACAGGUCAAAGAAUUCCAUCUAGACAUUGGUGUUUCAGUACAUCCAUGUGUUGAAAGAGUCAUGGUGGUGAGCCAAAAUUUGGGACACAAUUGGUCUUCCAUAUACUAUGCUAACUAUGACUUAUCAGGUUAUCAGCUUGUUUCCCCUGUUUUAGGCCUAUUAGCCUAUAAUGCUGGUACUGAUGUGAAUUUCAGCAAUCCAUUUGAGCUUGGAAUUCAUGCUGGUGAGAAACCCAUCACCAUAGAUUUCAGAAACCUUACAAAGAUGAACUAUAAUAAUGGAUCUGGUAGUUUAAUGCCAUUGUGCGCUAGUUUUGAAGGGGAUGGGAAAUUGAGCUUAGCAAAACAAGCUUCCCCUUAUGUUUGUGUUGCAAGAAGGAAUGGUCAUUUUGGUUUGGUGGUUGAGAAACCAUUUCCAGUGGUACAGCUGAGGAAAAGAGAGAGUCCUUGGAAAGUUGCUGUUGGAAGCUCAAUUGGAGCUUCACUGGGUGCUUUUCUUCUGGGUUUGCUUCUGGUUGCAAUGUUUGUAAGGGUUAAAAAGAGAUCAAGAAUGGAGGAAUUGGAAAGGAGAGCUUAUGAAGAAGAAGCUUUGCAGGUUUCAAUGGUUGGACAUGUUAGAGCUCCUACUGCUUCAGUCACAAGAACAAUGCCAACACUCGAACAUGAGUAUAAACCUCCACCUCAUUGAGUUUUUUUUUUUCUUUUUUCUUUUUUCUUUUUUUUUAAAUUGUGAUUAUUCUUUCUGUAUCAUUAACAAUGAAAGUUAAAAAUUCUAUUUGUUUUAUGAUAAAGUUAGAAAAAUUCAAACCAAAUUUUCCAUAUAGCUUCCAAAUCUUUGGGUCAGUU